AUGUCUGGAAUGGAUCUAGUGGACAGAAAGAGUCGAUGGCAGGAGAUUCAGAAAGGUUUACAGUUUAUCCAAUCACCAUUACCAUAUCCUGGAACUCAAAAUCAUUACGAAGUGUUCAUUAAGGAUCUUGUUUGGAAUCUUUUUGGAGAAGGCAAUGAUGUGUUUAAAGAGGGCGACUGGACAAAAUCCAUCGAGAUGUAUACGGAAGCCUUGAAUAUAGCUGAUUAUGCCUCUGCGGAGAAAAUCCAUAUGGCAUCUAGUAUACUAGAGCAGCUUUACGCAAAUAGAGCUGCCGCAUACCUAAGCAUCAUUCCGGGAUUCUACGACCACGCACUAGAAGAUUGUGAAAAGGCCCUGAGGCUAAAUGACGGCAACUAUAAAGCACUGUAUAGGAAAGCGAAGUCUUUAAACGAAAUGGGGAGGCAUCAAGAGGCCUAUGACGCUGUAGCAAAAUGCUCUCUAGUUGUGCCUCAGGAUCCCAGUGUUAUACAACUGACUCAGGACCUCGCCAAAAAGUUGGGACUAAAAAUUCGCAAGGCUUACGUUAGAACUAAGCCGGCCUUGAAUAUUUUACGUGGAUCAUGUCAUCAGGAUGCCGCUUGUGAAAAGGUUUCACAAAAUGCAUCUUCAGUUGAAGAAAUAGAAACAGAAAUCGUGCCUCUGGACAGCAGUGUUUUGGGUCCUACCCCAGUCCAUGUUCUGCCAAUGAAUGACACAGCGGUAAAUGAAGUUCCGCUCUGUAGCAGUAUGCCACCAAGGCCUCUGUCAGAGCCUCCGGGCUUUGAGUCACUAUCCCUCCCCGUGUCGACGCCCUCUUCUGGCUGCCUCAUGACAACACCUUUCAUGAACGGUUGCCAAACCGGUAAGCCACAAUCACUGCUCGAGACCAGCCAAGACCUGGAGGGAGACAUCAUUGGUAACGACUUAGAUGACCUGCUGGACCAGGCCAGACCAAAACCCGACAUGGUCCUAUCGACAAUGAAGGGCCCUAUUGCUUUGCCACCCAGUAUGCCCUCGACUGCCUCCAUGUCGAGUCCAUUCCUCAUGCCGUCUCCCAUCAACCCCUUCUUAUCCAGCACCCAGCAGUGCACUGUCAAUCUCCCACCGCUGUAUAACCAAUUUGGAUCCAGUGCCUAUUUCGGGAUGGGCACUUUUGACACCGUACCCCAGCCCCUGAACAGCCUUGAUAACCUCCGCAUAUCAGAAUUCAACACAGAUUAUUCCUCACAUUCAUUCCUACCACAGCUGAACAACAGUGAAACCCCGAUGGGAAUGGCUGUGGGUAUGCCUGAGGUGAAGGGCGCUCCUGUUGUUUCAACCAAGAACCCUUUAGCCGAAACUCAUGAAUUCAAACAGGCGUGUUCACUCUGCUACACCAAAACAGGAACUGGCGUGUUAGACUAUACACUCCUCACCGAUGAGCACAAAUGUAAAAAGGAUAUUUUACUGGGUAGACGCAAGCAAACAGCUGAUAAAAGAUGGAAGCUCAUUCGGCCCAGACCAACGAAAACACAAUAUGUUGGGCCUUAUUAUGUUUGCAAAGAGGUGACUGUGGGAAAAGAAUGUCUGUAUCCUGGCCACUGCACGUUUGCAUACUGCCAGGAGGAGAUCGACGUUUGGUCGCUGGAGCGGAUAGGCCUUUUGUCUCGAGAACUUCUCUUUGACCCUUUUGGACCAAGCUCCAAAAUGAGGCUGACUGUAGCCAAAAUCUUACAGGAGCACCCGGAGAUCUUUGUGUUUCUGUGUGGAGUGUGUUUUGACCACAAGCCUAGAAUAAUCAGCAAAACCAACAAAGAUAACCCGUCGCUUUGCUCUCAUCCGGUAACGAAGCAUGACUUUGAAAAACACAAGUGCCUUGUCCACAUAUUGAAGGAGAAUACGGUCCGGUAUUCCAAAAUCCGAAUGUUGAAUCAACUCAGCCAGCUGGACCUGUGUCGACACGAAGUGCGGUACGGCUGCAUGAGGGAAGAUGAGUGCUUCUACGCUCACAGCCUAAUUGAGCUAAAAGUCUGGAUGUUACAGCAUGAGUGCCGUAUCAGUCAUGAAAGUAUUGUUCAAGAGGCCACAGCAUUUUGGAAUUCAAAUUUGGCACAACAAGGUGCACAGUGUUCAGGUCAAAGAAGGUUCGGGCCACAAAACUUGAAGAUGAUGUUUGUUUGUAGCCUAUGUUGGAGAAAUGGGCAGCUAAGUGAAGCGGACAAAAACAAAAAGUAUUGCUCAGCUAAAGCAAGGCACACGUGGGCCAAAGACAAGCGAGUGGUGCUCGUAAGUUCUAUUGAAAGGAAAAAGUGGACAACAAUUCGAGCCCUUCCGACCAAAAAGCCAGUGCCAGCUCAGUUUGAGAUUUGUAUGCAUGUGGCUGCUGGCAAGAAGUGUCAGUACAUUGGCAAUUGCACGUUUGCACAUAGCACAGAGGAGCGAGAUCUCUGGACAUUCAUGAAGGAAAACAACAUUGCAGAUUCUGAUCAGCUCUAUGAAAGGUGGCUGCAGUCACAGAAAGCAGGUUGGGGAGAAGAGAAUGCUAAUAUAUCAGUGAGGGAGAACGGCAAGCCGAUCCACAUGCCAACAGAUUAUGUGGAAGAAGUGGCCGGAAAUCACUGCUGGCUGUGUGGUAAGAACUGCAACAGUGAGAAGCAGUGGCAGCAGCACAUCACCUCGGAAAAGCACAAAGACAGAGUCUUCAACUCCGAGGAUGAUCAGAACUGCUGGCAGUAUCGAUUUCCCACCGGGACUUUCAAAGUCUGUGAGAGGUUCGAUAUAGGAACAUGCACCGAGGAUGAUUCAUGCAAGAUGGCCCAUGGAGAGCAGGAGCUGCAGGAGUGGAAGGACAGGCGAGAAGUGCUUUUGAUGAAAUUGGCCAAGGCCAAAAAAGACCACCUUAUAGCACCCAAUGACAAUGAUUUUGGAAAAUACAGUUUUCUUCUUAAGGACAUCAAAUAA